AUGACGAGGCCGACGGUCGACAUUGUUUUGGUGAACAACACCGGCUCGUCCAAUGCGUAUGCUCACUUGACCGGACUGGACAUCAACAGAAAUAAUGCCGUCUUCAUACUCCAGGCCGAUGGUGUCACGGGCUACUACCCGACCUCGCCUUCCGGCAUCCUGCAACCCCUGGGAACCGACUGCGCCAUCUCCCUGGGAGCGCCGGGGUCGACGCGAAAGCUGACGAUCCCCCAGAUCGCAGGCGGUAGGAUCUGGUUCUCCCGGGACGGCCCGCUCAGGUUCCUCCUGAACCCGGGUCCGGCCGUGGUGGAGCCUUCGGCGACGAACCCGUCCGACGCAAACUACAAUCUCAGCUGGGGUUUCUGCGAAUUCACAUUCAACAGCUUCCAGCUUUUCGUCAACAUUUCGUACGUCGACUUCGUGAGCAUCCCCGUCUCCCUGACUCUGGAAAACGACUCGGGCACCGUCACCAACGUGCCAGGCCUCCCGAGCAACGGUCUCGAUGCCGUCUGUGACAAGCUGCGCGCCCAAGAUUCCAGCGACAAGGCCGGCUGGAGCAAGCUCAUUGUGCGCACCCCCGACAACACGGCCAACCUGCGUGCACUGAGUCCCAAUUCGGGCAUCGUUAUGCAGCCCAGCCUGUUCCAGGGGUACUAUCAGCCCUACGUCAAUGCCGUAUGGGACAAGUACAGCUCUGCCGAUCUGACGGUCAACACCCAGGCCCAAUGGGGCAACGUCAACGGUCGCGUGGGCGCAGACAACCUCUUGACGUUUGGCGAUGUCGGAUCCUUUGCUCAACCGAGUGCGCGGGAUAUCUUCAGCUGCAGCACCGGGCCGUUCGGCGGUUAUCCCAAGAACCAAGCCGAGAUGGGGGCCAUCGGUGCGCGUGUUGCGGCAGCCUUCAACCGAUCCACGCUGCUGAUCAAUAACCAGCAGCCCGAGGGCGAGAAAGUAGCCAACUACUACAAGGAUACCCGGACGAAUCACUACUCGCGUAUCUGCCACGAGGUCAGCCCCGAUGGCCGUGGUUACGCGUUCCCCUACGACGAUGUUGGCUCAUCCAGCGGAGGUGACCAGUCUGGCUCGCUGUUUGACUCGAACCCGAGGCUCCUCACGGUCGGCAUCGGAGGUAGAGGUUCGUCUGCGGCGCAAGAGGAGCUUUGA